AGCUAGUCUUACCGAGAAUUGUUUAGGGCCUGUGCAGGUAUUCCAAAAUAAACAGCUGUUUUGCAACCUUCAUAACAGAAUUAUACUACAGUUUUAAUACCAUGGAUUUCGCGGAUAAAGUGGUGCUUAUAACUGGUGCAAGCUCCGGAAUAGGUGCAGCCACAGCGAUUCACUUCUCAAAACAGUCUGCAAAAUUAUCACUGAUCGGACGUAAAGAAAACAACCUAAAGAAAAUAGCUUUAUACUGUGAAAAAGCAAAGGGUAACAAGCCUUUGGCAAUAACAGCUGAUCUUACAGACGACGGAGACGCCAAACGAGUUAUAGACGAGACUAUCGAACACUUUGGAAAACUGGAUGUUCUCGUAAACAAUGCCGGUGUAAUCGGAAUGGGCGGCAUAAAAAAUACAAGUAUGGAAAUAUACGACAAUGUCAUGGCUACAAAUUUGAGGUCUGUCUUUUUUUUGACUUCGUUAGCCACUCCUCAUUUGAUAAAAAGCAAGGGCUGUAUUGUUAACACGUCAUGUAUUGCAAGUAACAAACCGAGUACUAUGACGUUAUCCUACAAUAUGUCGAAGGCUGCGUUAGACCAAUUCACGAAGUGCGUCGCAUUGGAGUUAGCACCAGAUGGCGUGAGAGUAAACUCCAUCAACCCAGGCUUUGUAAAGACGAAUCUACUAAAAGAUAUAGGUUUAACUGAAGAUCAAUUGGAAUUAUUUAUCAAGAAUGUCGUCGGAAAUAUGCCUUUAAAGAAGCCAGUGGAGACAGAUGAAAUCGCCGCCCUAAUUGGGUUCUUGGCGAGUGGCAAUGCAAAGAGUAUCACUGGAUCCUGUUACUUUAUCGAUGGAGGCAGUAAUCUAAAGUAAAUCAGGGUUGUCAUCAUUCCAAUCUUUUUUUAUAUCAUAAUUUAAAUUGUAACUUUAAGCAAAAACUGUACUCUUUUAACCUAAUAUAGAAAUGUAUCAAAUCUAGUCAAAUAUUUAUACUUACAUUAUAUACAUUAUAUGUAUACAAAAAUAAUAAGUUUUAUUACUGA